CAAAUACAAUUCCAAGUCUUCCUUUGAUUUUUCUCUCAAUCUUUCCUUCCUUCAUUGGAAGAGCAGCGAGAUAGACCACCGCAUUGCAUUGCAUUGCAUUGCGUGAAGAAGAAGAGACAAUGGGCGAUCAUUUAGCGAGGGCGGAUGACUUCGAGAAGAAGGCCGAGAAGAAGCUCUCCGGAUGGGGCUUAUUCGGUUCCAAAUACGAAGACGCAGCGGAUUUGUUCGAUAAAGCCGCCAAUUCAUACAAACUAGCCAAAUCAUGGGACCAGGCUGGAGCGGUGUAUGUUAAGUUGGCUGAGUGUCACCUAAAGUUAGAUAGCAAGCAUGAAGCUGCUAAUGCUUACGCUGAUGCCGCUCACUGCUACAAAAAGACUAACACAAAAGAGUCUAUAUCAUGCCUGGAGCAAUCUGUAAAUAUGUUUUUGGAUAUUGGAAGGUUUAAUAUGUCCGCCAGAUAUUACAAGGAAAUAGCUGAGCUGUGUGAGCAAGAACAAAACUUGGAACAGGCUAUUGCUUAUUAUGAGAAAGCUGCUGAUCUCUUCCAAAGUGAAGAAGUAACAACAUCUGCAAAUCAGUGCAAGCAGAAAAUUGCACAAUUUGCCGCUCAAUUGGAACAAUAUCAAAAGGCCAUUGAGAUUUAUGAAGAGAUAGCACGGCACUCACUCAAUAAUAACUUGCUGAAGUAUGGAGUUAAAGGACACCUUCUUAAUGCUGGUAUAUGCCAGCUGUGCAAGAGUGAUGUUGUUGCAAUCAGCAAUGCAUUAGAGCGCUACCAGGAAUUAGAUCCAACAUUUUCUGGAACACGUGAGUACAAAUUGCUAGCGGAUUUAGCUACUGCCAUUGAUGAGGAAGAUGUUGCCAAGUUCACUGAUGCGGUGAAGGAAUAUGAUAGUAUGACCCAACUGGAUUCUUGGAAGACUACACUUCUACUGAGAGUGAAGGAAGCCCUGAAGGCCAAAGAGCUGGAGGAGGAUGAUCUCACCUAAAAAAUUAUUUUCUCAUAGCUGCACACACGAUUUAUUCCUAAUGAUGACUCUGUUCUUGGAUUUGUAUCAUUAUACCUUUUCUACUCUGGUUUUGUGUAUUACCUUGGUUUCCUAUUUGGAGUUCAUAUGAUUACAUCCAUAACCACGACUUUGAAACGGACUCAAAGUACGUUUGCUUGUUAAUGCAUUUGGAUUUCAUUGGAAGCGA